UCCCUCCCUCGUAUCUAUAUAUGUAUAUGCCAUCCAUCACUUGAUAACUACACAAACAUCAACUCUCCCCCCCCUCUCUCUCUAGAAAGUUAGCUAGGCAGGUUGAAGAAAUAGAUAGUAAAGAUGAUGAACGUGCAGCAACAGCAGCAGGAUGGAAUAACAAGCAGUACUAGGAAGGAUUAUGGGAUGAGGAGGACAAGGUCGCUGCCCACGAGCUCAAGGGAGGAGAAGCCACAGUCAGUAGAUUUUGUCUUGGAUUUGAGUGGAAUGUCUCUGGACUCGCUUCCUAAUCCCUCUAUUAAUUUAGCACUCAUCUCCAAGUUAGACCUCUCCAAUAACAACCUUCAGAGCAUACCAGAGUCAUUAACAGCAAGACUCCUGAAUGUUACGGUCCUGGACGUGCACUCCAAUCAGCUGACAACACUUCCAAACUCAAUCGGAUGUUUGUCCAAACUCAAGAUUUUAAAUGUCUCCGGCAACCAUCUCCGCUCCCUCCCCACUACCAUUGAAAAUUGCAGAUCACUGGAGGAGCUAAAUGCAAAUUUCAACAUGCUAACAAAAGUGACAGACACAAUAGGGUUUGAGCUCAUCAACUUAAAGAAACUCUCUCUCAACUCAAACAAGCUUGCUUUCCUCCCAUCCUCCACCUCUCACUUAACCAACCUCCGCAUCCUAGAUGCCCGUCUCAACUGCCUCCGAUCCCUCCCCGACGACCUCGAAAACCUGAUCAAUCUCCAAGUCCUUAACGUGAGCCAAAACUUCCAGUACCUCACAACCCUACCAUACUCCAUAGGCCUUCUCAUCUCCCUUGUUGAACUUGACAUCAGUUACAACACGAUCUCUACCUUACCGGACUCGAUAGGGUGCUUAAAGAAGCUCCAGAAGCUCAGCGUCGAAGGCAAUCCUUUGGCUUCCCCGCCAAUGGAUGUAGUGGAGCAAGGGUUGCAGAGAGUCAAGGAGUAUUUGAGUGAUCAGAUGAAUGGUGCACAUAUGAAGUCUCUGAGGAAGAAAACAUGGAUGGGUAGAUUAAAGAAAUACGGAACUUUUGGGGGAUCUAGCAGAGGACUUGAUAGAGUGAAUCAAGGUGAUCAAGGACUGGAGAGACAAGGUUUUAUUAUGAAUCCUAAUCCUACUGGUUAUAGCAGCAUUCAAGCCAUUGCUUCACCUAGGUACUUGAGUAUGUUUUCACCGCGUCGGCUUUUCUCUCCCAAGAGGUGUUAGAAUCAAAUUACUAGUUCCAUCAAUUGUAUAUAAUGCAUGAUUGUAUCUGUAUGACUUAUGAGUGUAUGCUUUUAAAUUUUUUGGGUUUCUGCAAAUGCUUACUCGAAUGGAGCAUAAAAUGACUUGUAUAGUUGUAUGUAUAUCAAAUUCAUUUUGAUAUAUUUGAAAUUUCAGUACAAGCCUGCGCAGUGUUCAGCCAGCCAGACGAAUGCUUUUUGAUGUUU